CAGGAUACUAAAGCUCUAGCAUCCAGCACGUACUGGAUAGCGCGGCACAUCAACCAGGAGCAGAUCAUGUUUGAAGCCUGCGAUCACUGGUGACAUGUCCACCUUACACCCUCGACGUCAUCAAAAGCGUCUGCUUUAUGAAAGUACACCCACUGAGAAUGGUGCCUGAUCCUUCGGUUCAAAAGGACAAGGGUGAGACUUUCAAUGGGAUAGGAACUAUGCAUCCUAAGUCAGGGUCCGAGUCUCCCAAGUUAGGCUUCGAGUCUCCUACUGCUCUCGAGAAGCCCCUUCCUCUGGACGAUCAUCAUAAGGAUCGUCAGGGUUCACGCAGCUCUAGGCAUAUCUUUCAAAGGCACCGUGUUGAUCUUGAUAGUAUUGCAACGCAGCCCUCCGUCUUUGAUGACCCGGUAACUUUGGAGGUGUAUCGACCCCCUCCCGAGUAUGAGAAUACUCACAGGUUCGAUCCCGACGCGAAAUGGACUUGGAGGGAAGAGAAGAAAGUUGUUCGAAAGAUUGACUUCCGCAUCAUGAUCUGGGCUGGCGUGAUGUUCUUUGCGCUGGACCUCGACCGAACGAAUAUUUCUCAAGCGAACACCGACAACUUCCUACAAGACCUGCAUCUCACCACGAAUGAUUUUAACCUUGGAAAUACGCUGUAUAGAUUGUCCUUUUUGAUAGCCGAACUCCCAUCGCAGCUGAUUUCGAAGAGGGUUGGACCAGAUGUUUGGGUACCAACGCAGAUCACUCUUUGGAGCAUGGCUGCACUGUCGCAAUAUUGGCUCUCUGACCGAAGAUCCUUCCUUGCAACGAGAUUCAUUCUCGGGUUCCUAGAAGGAGGAUUUAUUCCUGACGUUGUGCUCUACCUAUCCUACUUUUACACAAAGACAGAACUGCCGAUUCGCCUUGCUUGGUUUUGGGUUUCAAACUACAUAACCGUGAUGGUCAGCGCUUUUUUGGCCACUGGCAUCCUGUCCCUUCGCUCGGGAGAUCGCGCCGGCUGGCGGUAUCUCUUUCUGAUAGAGGGAUUGAUCACUCUUGCCGUUGGCAUAACGUCAUACUUUUUGAUGCCUCCCGGUCCGACGCAAACGAAAGCUUGGUUUAGGCCAAAAGGAUGGUUCACGGAGCGCGAGGAGGUUAUUAUGGUUAACAGAGUUCUGCGAGAUGACCCAACGAAAUCAGAUAUGCACAAUCGGGAGGGCUUGACGAUCAGGAUGAUCUGGGAUGCCAUCUGUGACUGGCGAAUGUGGCCUAUAUACGUCCUUGGUAUCACACAUAUGAUUCCCGUUGGACCACCACAGACGUACCUGACACUUUCGCUGAGGAACCUUGGAUUCACAACUACUCAAUCUAAUCUCCUGACGUUGCCUAGCACCACCUGCGGGUUGCUGACACUUUUACUUACUUCCUAUUUUUCGGAGUUUGUGCAGUCACGAGUCGGCGCCUGCCUAGUACUUCAGAUAUGGGCAUUGCCAUUGCUCGUUGUACUCCGAAGCUUUGGGCGCAGCACUAACCAGUGGGACUACUUUGCGGUUGUCACGCUGAUCACUGGCUUCCCGUAUGUCCAUCCAAUCCAGGUUGCCUGGGCCUCUAGGAAUUCUGGCAGCGUGCGAACACGGACGAUAUCGGCCAGUGUAUAUAAUAUGUUUGUUCAGGCAGGAGUUAUUGUUUAUGCGAAUAUAUACCGUGCGGAUGAUGCCCCCCUAUAUAAGCGGGGAAACCUCGUUUUGAUCAUCAUAUGCAGCGCGAACUUCAUUAUUUAUAUUUCGACGUACUUCUUUUAUCGUGGUAUAAACCGCCACAGAGAGCAACAGUGGAAUACGAUGACCGUCACGGAACGGGAAACAUACUUGGAGACAACCAAGGAUCAAGGAAAUGAGAGGCUAGAUUUUAGGUUUGCCUAUUAG